UCCACACUGGGAUCAGCGCGCGAGGAUGAUGCCAGCCAGAGGUAUAUGGAUUGAAACUGCACCGUGACACAACUCGAGUAAAGAGGAGGUGGCUGAUGAGUGAGAGUAAAACUGAGAGAGUUGCGGAACAAAGGACAGAUGAAGAGCGGAGGGAGCAGGAAAUAACCGGAAACUCACCGCUGGUUGCUUCUCUUCUGACCGCACCGAUGUCCGAGGCCCACCCGGUGCCAGCUGAAAAGUGACCGAGGCAAAGCGCACAGGAGCGGCCACAGGAGUGAGGAGCUCCCGCUGACAUCGCUGGAGCUCUUCUCGGUGACUGAGACUUUAUGCGAGGACGUUGCAGCCCGUUUUUAUAACCACUGGAAGCUGCUGGUGACCUGUUUCACUGUCCAGUGAUGGAUUCCCCCACUGAUCUCUUCGAGGACUCUUCCCCCCAGAUUCACGCGUUCGCUCCGUCUCUCAGCUCCACAGAUCUCCCUGCUCCACCCAGUGCAGGGCGCUCUUCUCCAGCCUUCAGACCCCCGGGUUUCCCCCUCAUACACCACCUCCUCCAGCCGGGUGGAGCACCCAGGAGGAUUGGAGGGCAGCUCAACACAAACCUGAGACAACAGGAAGACAGAAACUUGGAGGAGGGCAGAGGAGAGGUGAAGCAAGGGACAGAUGGAGGAGAGGAAGGAGGAAUGGAGGGAGAGGAGAGCUUAAUGGGGUUCAAGAAGAGGCACAACGAUGCUGCGCUUGCGGCCGAGUGGAGUCAAGACGUCCUAAAAGUGAAGAGGAUGAAACUGGAGAGCCGACCAAAAGGCGGAGAGGCAGAGGAAGGAGGCAGGAGGCGAGAGGGAGGGAGGGAAGGAAGGAGGAGAGAAAGGGAGGAGCUGAAGGAGCAGCUGGAUGAGGCGAGAGAGAGACUGCAGGCCCUGCAGGAGAAAGUAUGGAGGGCUUUUGGGGAAAAGCAUAUGGCAGAGGAGGAGGAGAAGAAAGGGAGGUGCAGAAACAGAGAAGAUGGGGGAGAAGAUGCUGGACUGAUGGAGGAGGAGGAGGAGGACAUCACAGAAGGGAUGUACGAUGAGGAGGACAUUGAAGGUGGAGAUAUGGAGAAAGAAGCUUUUUCUCUUCUUUCCGUUUCCCCUUUCGACAGCUUCCACAAACAGAGAGAGGAGCGGCAGAAAGACGGAGAAGGGAGGAUGGAGAAAGGGAGAGGGUUGCACCUGGAGGGCGUGAUGGAGGAGGCGGGGUUGUGGUUGGACUGUGGAGGUCUGGUCAGAGGAGACUGGCAUGGAGGGGUGGAGGAGGAGGGUGAGGAGGGAGGGCAGAAGUUCGCUCAGGCGCUGAAGGUGGAGCUGGGCAGCGCCGUGGCCCGAGUCAUCGACCGAGUCCUCCGCCUUUACACCGAGAUGACGGAUCCUUCCUCUCCUCCUGCCGCCAUCUCCUUUCUCCCGCCGGGAAACGAUGGCGGGAGGGAGAGGGGGGUGUGGAUGGGACUGUUAACACAAGGAAGACGGGAGGAGAAGAUGAGAGGGAACGAGGAGAAGACGGGGAGGCAGGAUGGAGAAAGGGAGAAGCAGCUUCAAAACAGGAGCAGUGGUGCUCCGCCUCACCGCUCUGAACCCUCAGAUCUAUCGAUGCCAUUGGCUCUUCAGAGGUCACCUGACAUACGAAAAGCCCACCCCCUCCUCGGGCCUCCUCUCUCUACUCACCACCCGAACCUCAGAAUUCAUCACCCUUCUCUCUCUCGCCCUCCUCCUCUUUCUCACCCUCCCCUCCUGACUCCAUCUUCACAACCCAAAGACCUCUCCACCUCCUUCCAACCUACCUCCUGUUCCUCUUCUUCUUCCUCUUCUUCCUUCCCUGCGCCUCCCCCUCCACCUCCUCCUCCCCCCCUCCCUCUCCCCCUUCUCCACUACUCCAUGCAGCAGCUCUUCUCUCGCUCCCUCCACCACCAUCAGCUCCCCCACCUGCCCCCGUCCCGCAAGGACUACUUGAACUCUGACCCUUUCUUGGAGUUCUCGUCUCACCCCUCGUCUCACCCCUCUUUCCCACCGCUCCCCUUGCUCGGUCACCUGGACCCCUCCCUCGCGCGCCACGCUCACGGGGGCAGAGAGAGGGGGAUGAGGGGUGACGGGGGGAUGAGAGGAGGAGGGAUGGACGGAGGAGAGCUCUACCUGACUGCUGGAGGAGUUUACACCCAGGAGGGAUUGUCUCCUUGCCACUUGAAGAAAGCUAAGCUCAUGUUCUUCUACGCCCGCUACCCCAGCUCCAACACACUCAAGACCUACUUCCCUGAUGUCAAGUUUAACCGCUGUGUGACCUCGCAGAUGAUCAAAUGGUUCAGUAACUUCAGAGAGUUCUUCUACAUCCAGAUGGAGCGCUUUGCACGGCAGGCUGUCCGCGAGGCUCUCACCCGGGAUGGUGCGCCUCGUGUGAGCAGAGAGGGUCAGCUGCGAGUGGGCCGUGAUACGGAGCUUUACCGCAUACUGAACAUGCACUACAACAAAAGCAAUGUCUACCAGGUCCCAGAGAGGUUUAUCGAGAUAUCCGAGGUGGCUCUGAGGGAGUUUUACUCUGCCAUCUGGACCGGCAGAGACAGCGACCCCUGCUGGAAGAAAGGCAUUUAUAAAAUCAUCUGUAAGAUGGACAGUCCCGUACCAGACGCCUUCAGGCUGCCUGGCUGUCCCAUCGGCUGAGGAUCAAACCACUGUCAUCUGGUACAUGUAUACAAACGCAUGCAUAAAACACAAACUCACUACAAGAGGAGCAUUUUAUUAAAGCAUUCUCAAUCCCAUACUGUGAGAACUGGUAAUCAAUUCUACAAUUUCAUUCAUUUUGAAGAAAAACAAAAGAGUAUUUAAUGUGCAUGUACAGAGACAUACAUGCUCAAAAACACGCACACACACUGGGUGAACACUGACACUCAGUGCUGUGAUAAGAGUCUUGUGACCGCACUUACGGAGGAACGUGACCGUACCAUUGAAUUACAACGGGACAGAACCAUUUCCAAACAUUCCUCACCAGUCAGCUGACUCGUGAAUUCCCAGUGCUGCUAAACGGGCUUGAAAGAACUGUCAAGAAAAUAAGAGUUUCUGCGGCCACAGAACUGGAAUACACUGAUUUAAUCACAAGGGAAUCAUGGAGAUAUGUUUACUUGCUGUGUUAACAUGUAAUACAUCAUUAAUCCUCUUGAGUAUAUAGUAUGCAUUCCUUCGCAGUCUCUUGCAGAUGAUUGCGUUUUACAAGACCAUUCAAUGCAUCCCUCAGUAAUCAAAUGUACUGCUGACCAAUGUUUACCAAGCUGCACAAGUACUUGUUGCAAGACAAAGAGACCACAACCUAAGCACAUUUUCUCUCAGAUUAGGGGCCCCAUUCUCCUCAUCAUUUCUAUUUCAAAGAGAGCAGUCUCAAACAUCUACAUUCCUGUUAAACAUUUUCCUGAUAAAAAAAGUAGUAAUGUGUGAUUAGCAGUUUCUCACUCCCACAUCAUUUCGAUGCUGCUCUCCCUCAGGGGUGUAGACAGAACAUUAAAUGUGAUUUUUUUUUUUGCUUGAAAAUGAACAGUUAUUGUUGCCUUGUGUGUGGGCUUCUCUGGAGUAUCAGAAUUACACUUGUAUUUAAUUAGUGAGUUUACAUUUUGGUUUAAUUUUUCCAUGUCUUUGAGAAUGCUUUCCCUUUUUUUCAACAACACAAGGCUUUUAUAUUUGCAUUUAUUCAAAUGUAAAGGAAAAGAUGGGGACCAAUCUUAAUUAAUGUUGCAUAAUAUAUUACAAAUGUUUUGGGAAUUGUAAGAUUUUCCACUUUUAGCGACCUAUCAGGGCAGUGGUUUCAGUCAGUUGUGCUUGUAUAUCCAUCUCUUUGUUCAGUAUGGAAUAAUUAUAUAGCUUUUGUACAUGAUGGCACAAUGUAAUCUAAAUGUAAUUAAAAUUCUGCAAAAAGAAGGCCAAUAUAUUGAAUUUAAAAUAGUUAAAUUAAUGUUUUGUUGUUAACUUGAUGUUAUCUUAAUGUUUAAAUAUUCACUUUUUAUUUCCUUAUGUGAUUCUUAUUGCACAGUUAUUAUAUAUGGACAUAUGUUUCCCAAAGGUAUUACAGAAACUUUUACUAUUUACUGUAUGUCAUGACUCUUUUAUGGAGAGGAAACGUGUUGACUGACUGCUAUUUGUGACGUGUUUCAGUGCAUGUUUCCUACAUCACAUUUUGUAUUGUGAUCUCUUCUGUUUCCGUCAUUGGUUUUAUUGGUCUCUCUUUUAUAUUGUACAUAAUAUUAUUCUAUUGUUUAGAUCUGUGCCUCAUUCAGACUUGAAUUGACGUGAUUUUUGGUGUUUAAACUUAUCAGUGAAUUAAAGUGAU